GUGUGUCUGAUUGAAUAUUAAAUUAAAAUCCUGUUACAGGAUAAUGGGCGACGCGGCGAAAGCUAAGCGUCGGGAACAAUUAAAGCGUUGGUAUGGAUCAAGUACUGACAGGGAACCUGACGUGCCAAGACAACGGUGGCGGGGCGAUGUCGAUGAAGCAGUUGAACCAGAGGCCGAGAACACGGACCUGACUGGUCGCUCCAAAGAUGCGGAUGGAAGUAGACCAAACGCUGUGGAGCACCAUGGUGCACAGCCGCGUAAACGAAGACGGCGAGUUCGAUUUGAAAGGACGGCCGAAUUCCUGGCCAUUUGCGCCAGUGGUGAUACAGAGGAGGCGCAGGAGAUGCUAAAGGAGGCGAAAGAGAAAAAACAAGAUGUGAUCAAUUGUUCCAAUGCAGAUGGAAUAACAGCUUUACACCAAGCUUGUAUUGAUGGGAGUUUGGAGGUGGUGGAAUUUCUGCUGGCCCAAGGAGCUGAUAUUAACCAGGUGGAUAGUGAAGGCUGGACCCCCCUUCACGUGGCAGCCACCUGUGGGAACUUGGAGAUUACAAAAUUCCUGUUGGAACAGGGAGCGUCUCUGACCGCCGUCAACUGCGACGGCGACGUGCCCCUGGACAUCGCGGAGGACGAGGCCACAGAGGUCCUCCUGCAGGAGCACACGACCAAACAGGGCGUGGACCUGGAGGCAGCCAAGCGCGCCGAAGAGGAGCAAAUCAUGACGGACGCUCGCGCGUGGCUCACGGAGGGGCUGCCCGCGGACCUGCGUCAUCCCAAAACCGGAGCCACCCCCCUGCAUGUGUCCGCAGCCAAGGGCUACCUGGAGGCUAUCAAGCUGAUGUGUCAGUGUGGUCUGGACGUGUCGGCCAAGGACAAUGACGGCUGGACCCCCCUGCACGCGGCUGCACACUGGGGUCAGGGAGACGCCUGCCGCAUCCUCGCCGAACAACUCUGUGACAUGGAGGCGCGCAGCAACGCGGGUCAGACUCCAUUUGAUGUGGCUGACGAGAAUGUGGCAUCUCUACUGGAGGAACUAUCUCAGCGACAAGUCAACUGGCGCAACGAAAAAUCCAUCAAUGACAGACAAAACGCCUCAGGGUCCAACAAUGCCAAUGCCAUAAACAAGAAACGCAGGACUUCGGUGUGCCGGAUGAGCAGCAGAGAUAAGAUGAAUGUACAGGACCAGUCUAAAGAGAGAGGUGUUUCUGGAGGGCUGGAGCUGAAUGAGGACCGAGAGAGUAGCCCCGAAAGUUCCACCUUGUCCAGCCCAGACACUGAGAGCAUUACUACCUCCACAAUCAGUCCUGCUGACAAGACUCCUGAGGAGAAAGAGACCGAAGAGAAAGAGCAGGAGAAAGCCAGCCGCACCGCCCGGGUGCAGCCCACUCCGCAGAGAAAAGACUCCCCGGCCGAGAGUCCCAGCAACGCCAACGCAAACAGGCCCAAGUUCCAGGCCCCGGUGAGAGAUGAGGAGUCAGAGUCUCAGAGAAAGGCCAGGUCUAGACUCAUGCGGCAGUCUCGCCGAUCCACACAGGGAGUGACGCUGACCGACCUGAAAGAGGCAGAGCGGAAUGUCAGCAAAAGUGCCGAUUCUUCACGCAGCGUCCAAUCUGUCAGCCCCAUUGUCACAGUCACACCCGCAGAGAGAGACACUGAGCCAGUGAAACAAGCAGGGACAGAGGCAGAUACCAGACUGGGAGUGAGGGACCGCAGGAGGGCCAGGAGAGAGAGACGCUCCACUGGAUUGGUCCAGCUGACUGGAGAGGAACUCGACUCAGGCGAAGAUUCAGAGGGCACACAGGGGCUUCAUCAGUUACGGGAUUCCAAGCAGUCGUCUUCACUAGACUACAAACUGCUGUACGAAGAGAUUUUACGGGAGAACAGUCGACUCAAAGAUAAGCUACAGGAAACUCAGCUUCUUCUCAACGAGAGCAAAGUGGAGUUAGAAAGACUGAGGCAGAGUCAGGAGAACAGCUCAGAGAGGCCUGCUCUGCUGGAACUGGAGAGAUUUGAGAAGAAAGCUCUACAGAGAAGAGCAACAGAACUGGAAGAUGAACUCAAGGUUCUUGUGGACCUCCGUGCCGAUAACCAGAGACUGAAAGAUGAGAACGCCGCUCUCAUUCGCGUCAUCAGCAAGCUUUCCAAAUGAGGCGCCCAGUCCUCCGCACAAUUUACAAGAGUCACUUUUUCUCUCGACUUCAAGGGCACAAAAACGGACACCACUAACCCCUCUCUGCCCAGGACGCUAAUCAGGGCAUUAACACUGCAUCUCACCAUGGGCAGUCACUCAAUGCCUGGUUUCCUCUGGGUCUCUGUCCUAUAACCUCCCCGAGCCUGAUUUAAAAAAA